AUGGAGCGUGGUUCCGGUAAACCACCGUUCUUCGAUGGAACAAACUAUCCCUAUUGGAAAAUACGCAUGUCUGCCCAUCUUCAGGGUAUUGAUUGGCUUGUUUGGGAAAUUUGCGAUGAUGCUGCUUUCGUUGUGCUUGAACCCCGUGCUCGAACCACGCAAGAUCAAAAAGAUCGGCACAACGCAAAUAGCAGAGCAAGAUCUGUUCUUUUCUCGAGUCUUUCGCUUUCUGAGUUCGAGCGUGUCUCUGAUUGUGCUACUGCUCGAGAGAUCUGGGUGAGGCUUCAGAGCUAUCACGAGGGUACAGCCCAUGUCAAAACCAGACUCUAUGAGACGUACAAGAGAGAGUACGAGAACUUCACUCAGCUUGAUGGCGAGUCCAUCGAUGCCAUGUUUUCUCGUUUUCAGACGAUCAUUAACAAGAUGCGAGCAAACAAGGCACAGCUACCUUAUGACGAUCAUGAGAGGGCUCUCAAGCUUCUAUAUGCCCUAGAUCGGAAGGUAUGGGAUGUGAAGGUGUCCGCCAUUAUCGAGUCUUUGAACUACGACACCAUCACUGUGGAUGAGUUGUUCAGCAAGCUCAAGUCCACCGAGAUCGACUACCAGACUCAAGCCAAGCUCAAGAAUCCCUCUGCACCGACUAUGGCUUUAGUCUCAGGUAACAGUUCAAGUUCUUCAGCUAACCCUUCACAGAUGUCGUUUGCCUUGUCUUCUUUGGUGUCUGUUUCAGAGGAGCAGUUGGAGACCCUUGGGGAUGACGAGCUGGCGUUGAUCAUCAGUCAGUUCUCGCGGUUCCACAACAACCGCUUGAACCGCCGCCGGGGCGGUGAUCAAAAGGUGGGCUGCUACAACUGUGGAGAUCUCGACCACUUUGUCGCCCACUGCCCCAAGAAGAACAAGCACUCCUCCGACAAGUACGACUCUGGCAAGCGCAAGGACAAGCGCGACUACACCUCCAAGAAGUACAAGUCAAAGAAGGGUUUCGACAAGGAGGCGCUCAAGAAGAUGUACCGCAAGAAAGCCAAGGCGCAAGAGCGUGCCUUCCUUGCUUCCCUCAGCGACCUCGACAACGACUCCGGCGAUGACCGCUCCUCUUCUCCCUCAAGUGACAAUGAGUCCGAGAGGAAGAUGGAGGAGAAGCUGACCGGUCUUUGCUUCGUCGCUGACUCCACUCACGGAGGCUUUUGCACCAUGGCGAUUGAUGAAGAGGUGAAGGCCAGCAAGGAUGAGGUCUCCUUCGACGACGACACCUCCGAGAUCGGAGGUCUGGAGAACACGUCGCUUGUUGAUUCCGGUUGUUCGCGCCACAUGACCGGAAGUUCAAAAUGGUUCUCCAGCCUCGACCCCGUGCAAUGUAAGGAAUACAUCACAUUCGGGGACAAUAGCAAAGGUAAGGUGCUUUCUCAUGGGACCAUUCGAGUCAAUGAGAGUUUUGUCUUGAAGGAUGUUGCUUUGGUUUCAAAUUUGCAUUUCAAUUUGCUUUCGGUUUCGCAACUCCUUCAGGAUGGUUUUGAGGUGCGCUUUAAGACUGGCUUGUCUCGAGUUCUUGAUUCUUAGGGAAAUCUUGUUUGCCAGAUUGUCCCUUUUGGUCGUGUCUUUCGAGCUAAUUUUUCUCACUCUUUUGGCUCUUCUCGUUGUCUUGU